GUCAGUGACGCGCACCCGCGGGAUCCAAUGGGAGCUCAUUCUGUGUGUUCCCCCGAAAAGUUUAUUGGCCUAAUCUGCCAAUGAUCCAAAAAUCAAUCGGCGCCUACUUCCAUCCAAUGAAAACUUUUCUUCCGGGGGUUUGCCUCCAUUCAGGUGCGCCAGCCAGCUGGGUAUUUUGGCACUUGGCAAGGCCUGCUUAUUGCCGAAGAUCUGACAAAUCAUUAGCUAUCAUUAUCAAUCGUUCCCCGGUUCUAUCUCGAAAAAGUCUAUAAAACGAGCUACAACGGUUCCGGGGCUUCUCAGUCGUGCGUAAAUCUGAACCGGGAAGCAGUGCUAAUGAUCUCCUGUUGGUGUGCCAUAUAGAAAAUGGGAAAAACGUGUUUCGGAUGCUUCAAAUCCUGGCGAACUAAGUGCUACUUUGUGAUGUUGUUGGUGAUUAUAGUGGAAUCGAAAACUUACGGUCCAACAUCGAGUGAAACAGAAUUUGAGGGUGACUAUGUGGAUGAGGGUACUCUUCAAAAAAUUAAGAAUGCGGUCAAAAUUGCCUCAGAUCGAACGUCUUUUAAGGAUCAUCGGUACACGUACUCGUACAGUGAAUACGAAGACGACGAUGAAGUUGAUAACAGCUUAGAAGUAAAACCUGUCAGAGAAAGUUACGAGAAACACACCAAACAGACGAAGCACGCGGUGAUUGUGAAAAAGCCCCUCGUACCAACGAAAGUCCAUAAAAGUCAACCCAUCAGCAAGGAAAUGGCCCUCAUGAUCAUGUUGGCCUUGAAAGCGUUGAUAAUAACGAUGCUGUCGCUAGGGCUACCAGCCCUCAUAGGACUCUACGCUUUGAUUCUGACGAAGACGAUGAUGGGGCUCAAAACGCUCGCUUCAACGAAUGCCUUCACUCUAGGAGUAUUGUCUACUAAGUAUCUGCAAAAUAAGCAAGACUCCGGUGGGAAUCUACAACAAGCGGCCAGCUUGCUACCAUUCUACGCCCCUCUCCUACUGUCAUCGCUUGUGUCUUCUGCAAGUUUGAUCACGGGAGCUGUUGGUUUGAUAGGGUCCCUGUUCAGUAAUAGUACCACCACAAACAGUACUACUACCGCCCCCUCAUCCAACGAAACCACAACUACGACAGCCCGCACUACCACAACCACCCGUAAAGCUCCCUCCGAAGAGUUUAGGCGCAUAGAAGUGCUGCAUCUUCCCACGAUGGACGACGAAUGUGAGCCGAAAAAGCGAAAAAAGUGCAAGGUCCCGAAAGAUCAACCUCCUCCACCGCAGAGCGGAUUCAGCAAGGCUGCCAAACGAGCCACUCAGACCGUGAAGGACUUUUGGAAGCGAGUUUCGACGAAGUUUAAAAUCGUUUGAUCGUGAUGGAAGAACGAUAUCGGAAAAGUGAUUAUUAUGUGCAUGAUGGAUUCUGCGUAUCGUUAUCGGAGAAAAUAUUCUUAGAAAAGCAAGGCAUAGAGAAUAAAUAUUAUGUUAUUCGUCUUGUAGAAAUUUUAACUGUAAAAUAUAAUGAAUCCAAUGGCCUGAAGAUAACAUGAAAAUGCCUUGAUGUUAAAAUUUGUUAGAGAAUUGACGAUUCUCAUUUCGAAUAUUUUAA